GAUCGGGAGAGGCGCCGCAAAAAAUUUCCCUACUAGAUGACAUUUCAUCGCAAUGUCCGAUCGUUUGGGGCAGUUAUCCAAGGGAAAGGAUGGGAAAAGCAAGUACUCGUCUCUCAACCUGUUUGACAAGUAUAAAGGGAAGUCAAUAGAAGCAGUCAGAACAACAGUUAUACCUAGACAUGGCUUACAGAGUCUUGGGAAAGUUGCCGCUGCCCGGCGCAUGCCACCUCCUGCGAACCUGCCAAGCUUGAAAUCCGAGAACAAAGGAAACAACCGAAAUAUAUUAAUAGUGCCCAAAGACGGAACAGGAUGGGGAAACAAACAAGAGCAGCCAGACCAAAAGAGUUCCAGUGUGACCGUUCCUCCGCAGCAGGAAUUGCUGCCGCAGCAGGGUUUGCAGAAGUCUGUCUCCAAUUUACAGAAGCCGAACACAGUGAACAGUCCGGAAAAUAUCAAUUUAGUGCCAGGUGGGCCAAAAUCAUGGGCUCAGCUGAACAGAAAGCCAGCAGGACAAGAUGGUGGUUCAAGGGGCUCAAACCGACUGUUGUCCUUCUCUCCCGAGGAAUUUCCAACGCUGAAAGCAGCUGGCGAGCAAGACAAGGUUGGCAAAGAAAAGAGCGGCUUAGAUCCGUCGUAUGGGCCCGGACCAAGCCUCCGCCCCCAGAGUAAGCCCCUCGCCCUGCUUCCCGAUGUCACCAGUUGGAGGGAGGGCGGUGGGAGAAGCAUCUCUAGUGGCAUAUCUCCAACCGUCUCUCCUACUGAGCCGGGCAGCAAGUCCACCAUCUCUGGAGAUGGGGCCCCCUCCGCGGCGCAAGCUAACGAUUCCAAGGAGCUUUCGCUACGCCCGGCUCAGCCUACUCGAAAAGGGGCUUCGCAGUUUUUGGGAAACACAUACCAUCCACCAACUUACCAUGAUAUGCUGCCAGCUUUUAUGUGUUCUCAGCACCCAACCGAACCCACUGGGACAUUGGAUCGAGCUUCCUUCCCCACCCUUACCUCCUCCCAAUCCCGUCUUGAACCCCGUGUACCAUUUAGACAAUACCAGAUAAACAAUCAUGAAGGGAAAGAAAACCGGCCUAAUGGUGGCAAUUUCCGGCCGGUACGGCCGCAAAGGCCCCAACAUGAAAGGGCUCCGCGGGCCACUAUUAUCAAUGCUGAAGAUCUUAAAGAAUUAGAUGACCUGGAUAAUGAUGCAGAAGAUGGUUGGGCAGGUCUCCAUGAUGAAGUGGAUUAUUCAGAAAAGCUAAAAUUCAGUGAAGAUGAAGAAGAGGAGGAAGUUACAAAAGAAAACGGAGCUAAAUUGAAUGGCUGGGACUCUAGAAGGCAGCGACAAGUUUCCUUUAACUCCACUGAUAGCGCUGAAACAAAGCACCCAGUUGAGGAUGGAAAGGUGUGGAAUGACUCAGGGGUGCACAAUCGUCCUACAAGAAGGGCCCCAGAGUCUGGCCAGCAAGUUCCCCGCAAAGCAAACAGUUGGGCUGCAGUGGCAGAACACCAGAAGCCCGUGCCUACUGCAAUAUUGCGGCAGCCAUCUGUGGAGGAGAAGGAGGAGAAAGUCCCUCCGAGACAGAAGUUUGUACAGUCUGAGCUAUCCGAGGCAGUUGAGCGUGCUCGUAAGCGGCGUGAGGAAGAGGAACGCCGGGCUCGAGAAGAGAGGCUUGCUGCCUGCGCAGCAAAACUUAAACAGCUGGACCAAAAGACCAAGCAAGCUUCCAAAUCUGGGAAUGAGACUCCAAAACGUUUGGAGAACAAGGAGAACGAAGAUCCCAGGUCUCCUGUCUCAGACCGGAGCAUCACGCAAGAGAGUCCGCAGAAUUUCCGAAGAGAGUACUCCCAGGAAGCCACGUCUGAUAAUUUGGAGGAGGAGCUUACUGUAGCGCCCAGAUGUGAUGCCAGCAGCGAGGAAGAGUUCAUAGAAUCUGCUUCUGCCGUGCAGGAUUUUGGCAAGCACCAGAAACUCAUCCCACCCCGAUUUCAGAGGCAACAGCAGGAGCAGUUAUACAAGAUGCAGCAAUGGCAGCAGCAGGCGGCCUAUGUGGCGUCUACGCAUUCCAACCCUCCUCGCACCUUCUACUCCCACCACCCGCAGAUGCUGGGCUUUGACCCUCGUUGGAUGAUGAUGCCUUCCUAUAUGGACCCUCGGAUGACUCAGGGUCGUACUGCUGUGGACUUUUAUCCCUCUUCUCUUCAUCCGCCAGGUGUGAUGAAACAUUUGAUUCAGCAAGAUUCUGUGGGUGGAAGCUGUCAGGCUGAUGACUGCCAGUCUGCCCUGCCAUCAGAACGCAGGUGUGCAGAGCCGGUGUCGGUAUGGAACCAGGAUGGCUACGUCCACAUCCAAAGCAAAGUCUACUCUGUGUCACAACAGAAGCAGAUGGAAAACGCAAUGGAAGGAGGUUACAACAGGAAUGACAAUGUGUAUGCCACUUCAAGGGAACGAUCAGAGGGCAUACACAACCACCAUGAACCUUUAGAAGAGCGAGAAGAAUAUUUACCAUCUGGCAGUUAUGAAAGGAAACCUAGUGGGAAUUAUAACAGCUGCAUUUCACCUCAGAGAAGGGGUCAUGAUGUCCCGUACCAGCAAACAGAAAGUUUGUCAGAGUGUGCAAUAAGCAAGGGGCAGCAAGCUGGUGCGCAGUCUAGGACCUCUGACUUUGUAAAUAAGAAAGCUCAGUUUAAUGGCUGGGGCUAUGGACAUCAGAAGUCUUUAGAUGCAUCCAGUAGUAUAGAAGAGGAGCUUUCUAAAGACGAGCAGGCAGUGGGGUCUGAAACAUGGAAUAAAGAUGAUGGUACAACACAGGACUCCACUGGAGAAACAGGUUGGCGAAUGGAGCCAGCCAACCCCAAUAACCAGCAGCAUUUGGAAAAUGCUGGGAGGAGCAGGCGCUCAGGUCCAAUAAAGAAGCCAGUUUUAAAGGCUCUUAAGGUUGAGGAGAAAGAGCUGGAGAAGGUAAAGCCUGAAACAAAAGAACCCGUUCAAACAAUGAAAGAAAAGCUACUCUCUAAGCUGGACAAUGUGGCCAAGGUGGAACCCCCUGCUCUGAGUUCUUCCUCCAGCUCAACAAUAGAGGACAAGCCUCAGCCACAGCCUCCUGUCCAUGAUUUGGAGAAGGCCCCUCAAGAAACAAAUGAGAGAACCUGGAGCAGUAAGCCAGUUUCCCAUGAAUCAAAUCCUGCUCCUCAAACCAAGAAGAGCAAUUGGAUUUUCAUAGAUGAAGAGCAGGCUUUUGGUAGUAGGGCCCAAGGUCGUGGUAGAGGCAAAGUGUUUAAAGACUUUACUUUCCGUGGAAGAGUGUCUGCUGGCUCUUACAAUGGACAAAGAAUGGGCAGAGGCCGAGCUCUUCGGGAGUUUAAUCCUCCUGAAGAUUUCAGGAGUAAGGUUUCCCGAAGGCGGGUGGCUAGUGAAACGCACAGUGAAGGGUCUGAAUAUGAGGAACUGCCCAAACGUAGGCGUCAGCGGGGAACUGAGGAUAGGAACGAACCCCCCCUUAUUGAAAGAGAUACUGAAGAUACAAAAGGAGACUUUCAAGGUUCCUGGAGGUCUAAUAGAAAUUAUUCAGAUGACUCCAAUAGUGUUGACCCAAAAUCCAGGGCCCCAAGGGCCUUUGGAAGAUCCCUUCCACCAAGGCUUAGCAACAGUUACAGCAGAAGACCAUUCACAUCCAAGGAUCCUUCUCAGUGGAAUUCCAAAUAUGCAGGUUCCUCUUGGCAAGAGUACAAUGCACAAACUGAGUCUUAUGGACCCCGCCAUAAUACAGACAGAGACUAUGCGCAUGAUUAUAGGUAUGCUGAUUCCUACCAUAACAGAGGUUUUGAUGAAGCCCAAGAUGAUAGACGGUCUGUUUUCCAAGAUGACUGUUCAGAUAAGGAUAGUUUGGAGAAAAGAUCUUUUGGAAGACGAAGGCCUCCUCGUCAAGACAAGCCUCCCAGAUUUCGUCGCCUCAGGCAGGAGAGAGAGCCUGUUGGUCAGUGGAGUGGUGAGGAAGUGAGCAGUGCUGUGAAGGAUCCUGACAAUUGGCAGACGCGUUCUAAGUUAUCACUUGGUGAAGUAUCUGGACCGCCAGAAAGGCCUUGCCAUAAUACUGACCAUGUCCAUGAAGACUGGGAAACUGCAUCCGAGAGCAGUGACUUUAGUGAGAAGAGGCCCGCUGAUCUGGAUGGUGAGGGGAAUAUCUCUGGAAAUGGCUUUUCUGAAAAAAGAGAGUUAUCCAAGAGGAGUUUCUCCAGUCAGAGGCCAUUAAUGGACCGCCGCAAGGUGGAGCCUUCCAAUUAUGAAGAAAAGCCAUUGAAGGUCAGCGGGAGUUCCCGUAAUGACUACCCAAGCUCAGCUUCACUGAAGAGCAGUUGCUGUUCUGAAGAGUCUUACGCUCAAGAGAGCAGUCACCAUCGCUAUGGGAUGGAGAGGUCUUCACAGUAUGACCAUGGAGACGCCUCAGUGAAAAAACCUGAAAGGGACUCCAGAGCCACCGGACUUAAAGGAACGGAGAAAUCCGAGGCCAUCUCUGGAUUUGAUCUGAAAUAUGGAGAUUCUGUUAUUGAGGAGCAAGCCGACAUGGGAGGGGAGGCCUACUCAGACAUGAACAGCAAAUCCCGUCGUGCUCUAGACAAAGAUCGCAGGAAAAAGGAUCAAGUUGUUCAGGUGCCUAAUAAGAGUACCAACAUACAGUCCAGAGUGCCACCUCGCUUUGCCAAAAAGCAGAACAGUAUGUGCAUGGAUCAGACAGAUGUUGCAGGCAAAGAGAUCUGGGAGAGCAAUGGCCAAGGUAUCUCUGUUCAGUCUGGCAAUGAUACAUGGAGCAAGCCUGGAAGUACUUUCAGUGCAGAGUCCUCCUCCACUGAGGGGUUCAAAGGCAGUCAGGGUGAUAGCGGGAUUGAUCUAAGUGCCGAGUCGAGGGAGUCCUCUGCCACGUCUUCACAGCGAAGCUCCCCCUAUGGGACCAUGAAACCAGAGGAGAUUAGUGGGACGGUCAUUGUGGAAGCUAAAGCCGAUUGCCCCAAGGAGCAGGGACAGAAGCAGUCAGACAAGAAGGAGUCUGAUUCUGGCCUAAACAAGGAACACAAACCUGGUCCUAUCGGCAAUGAGCGCUCUCUAAAGAACAGAAAGGGUUCAGAGGGGACAGAGCGCCUGGAAGGAAACGUCCCACCUGUUAAUGGUGUGGAGAUUCACGUGGAUUCCGGCCUACCUGUACCUCCAAUUGAAUUUGGCGUAAGCGCAAAAGAUGCAGACUACUCUUUACCCCCAGGGGCUGCUCCAGGUCAAGCUACCAACACAGUUACUAAACUUCAGGAUGCACUGGCGAGCAAGGCAGGGCUUACACAAUCCAUACCUAUGCUGAGGAGAGAUCACCAUCUACAGCAAGGCAUGGGCCUAAACCCCAUGUCCUACCCUACUGCCGAACUCACCUUAAAGAUGGAGUCUGCCCGCAAGGCUUGGGAAAACUCACCCAGUUUGCCAGAACAGAGUUCCCCAGCAGCCCCCGGCUCAGGAAUACAGCCGCCAUCUAGUGGGGGCACCUCCACUGGUGUCAACUACAGCUCCUUUGGGGGAGUGUCAAUGUCUCCCAUGCCUGUCGCAUCAGUGGCCCCAUCAGCUUCUCUUCCAGGUAACCACAUCACCCCGCUGUAUCUGGAAAGUCACAUGUUUCCUGGCCAACCCCGCCUAGUUCAGCAGACGAUACCUCAGCAGCAAGGAUAUCAGCAGGCGGCAGCAACCCAACAGAUUCCUAUCUCUCUUCACAAUUCUCUGCAGGCUCAGGCCCAGCUCAGUAUGCGUGGAGGACUCCCUGUUUCCCAGUCUCAAGAAAUGUAUAACUCAAUGCAGCCCUUUAGGUCCCAGGUGUACAUGCACCCCAGCUUGUCCCAGCCCAAUACCAUGGUCCUGGCCAACGGCACUGGUCUCAAGCCUCAGUACUCCCCAUUUCCAGGCAUGCAGCCUUUGGAGAUGGUUAAGACGCAGCCUGGAUCCCCUUACCAGCCCAUGAGUGGAAGUCAGCAACUGGUAUAUGAGAGCCAGCUGAACCAGCUAAACCAGGCGGCAGGUAUUGGCGCCUCUCAGAUGAUGGACUCUGCACUCACGCAGUUAACCAUGCCAAUGGCUGGGUCUCAGCUUCAAAUGCCCCGGUAUAGCUCUGGCCAGCAGCCAAUGCUGCUACCGCAGUCUAUUCAGUUGCCACAGGGACAGAACCUACCAGUCGGUGCUCCCAGGAGAAUGCAGCCUUCCAUGUUGACUACAGGACGAGAGUCAUCUCAGAUGGAAAUGAAAGGAUUCCACUUCGCAGAUGGCAAACAGGGCAUGCAGACUGCAGCAUCUGUGCAAGCACAGCACUCCUAUAGGCCAGGUUCAGCUAGUCCCAGCGGGAAGUCACCAGGACCGGUGCCCUCGGCCAACUUGGGACACUACCCUCAACAGGUGAAACAGAGAAGUGAUGACAGCAAAUGCGGCCUGGGCUCUCCUAAACUUCCCGAGCAGCCUGCAGCCAGCCAGAUGAAGCCAGUCCGGACAGGGGCCAUCAAGCCUUCUGUGGCAAAAAUGGAGGAGAGUGCCGCCUAAGAAUGGGUUCCAGUUUUCUUCCCCUUUGUAAAUACCAACUAGUUCUUACUGCCUCCCAUCCACACCCGGUUCCUCCUGCUCCUAGCGGAUUCUUCCUCAUUUGAGAGACUUCCACAUUACCGCCACAAUCACAUGGACAAAUGGACAAUAAUUCCCCAGAACAGUUUGGAAACUACCUGUAUCCGCAUUCCUUAGAUUUACUUCUCGCUGAAUGGACUCCUCUGUGUGAGCAGGAGCAUCUUUAACCUUUCACCUUUGCUACCGCCAACUCCACCCCCCACCCCAUCAUGCGCCCAUGCAGUUGGAAAAUUGUCGCCAUCCUACGUCCCUGCUUCUCUUUUCUAUCUGACACAGAGCAGCAAAUUGCAUCACUUGUUUCUUAAAUAUGGUUUCAAAUUUACUCCGUUCCCCUGUUAUUUUUUAUUUAAUGCCGCCUUAGCUUACAACC